UUAAAUGAGGUUUUACCGCGAUCUUUGGCAAUUGUGAUCUGCAUCUUUUGGAGAAGGCUGGCGAGACAAAACAGGAGGGAUGCUGAGAUUACAACAUAAGCGGGUAGCAUCAUGGGCGUUCGGGGCAAACCGCCACAGCAUCUCCCGCCAGUUUGCUACAACAACAAGUAAACCACCCACUGCGGUUGUUCUAAUGAAUCUUGGGGGCCCUAAAGACCUCAAUGAAGUACAGCCCUUCCUUCAAAACCUCUUUUCGGAUGGAGACCUGAUUCCCAUCCCGUUUCAACAAACUGCGGCCAAAUUCCUUGCCAAGCGACGAACACCCAAGAUCCAGGAGCAAUAUGCUGCGAUUGGUGGAGGAUCCCCAAUUCUGAGCUGGACAGAGAAGCAAGGGAAGAUGCUGGAGGAAAGAUUAGAUAAGUUGUCACCACAAACAGCCCCCCACAAGAGCUACAUUGCAUUCCGCUACUCAUCGCCAUUAACCCCGGAAACACUCGCGGAGAUGAAAAAAGACGGAGUAGAACGCGCUGUAGCGUUCAGCUUGUAUCCACAAUACUCCUGCUCAACUACUGGAAGCAGUCUGAAUGAGCUGUGGAAGAAUUUAAAAGUGCUGGAUCCGGAGAACAAGAUUCGCUGGAGCGUGGUGGAUAGAUGGCCGACACAUUCAGGGUUGGUGGAGGUAUUUGCCAGACAUAUCGAGAAGGCAUUGUUAGAGUACCCCGAAAAUGAACGAAAGGAUGCUGUUCUUCUCUUCUCCGCCCAUUCCCUGCCCAUGUCUGUUGUGAAUCGAGGAGAUCCCUACCCGCAGGAGGUAGCCGCCACUGUACAAAGGGUGAUGGAACGCCUGGGCUUUUCAAAUCCUUACCGACUGAUCUGGCAAUCGCAAGUUGGUCCACGCGCCUGGCUGGGACCCCAAACGGAUCAGGUGCUGGAAGGAUAUGCGAAGCUCGGCAAGAAAAAUCUUCUUAUGAUUCCGAUUGCUUUCGUCUCCGAUCACAUCGAGACACUCUUUGAGGUAGACGUUGAGUACGGACAUCUCGCCAAGGAGAAAGGGCUUACGGGCUUCAAACGCGUGGAAUCCCUCAAUGAUGAUCCGGUCUUCAUUGACGCUAUGGCGGACCUCGUAUCAAAACAACUAAGUUCGAAACGCCCGGUUUCGACCCAACUGGGUCUCCGCUGUCCGUUAUGUACAAAUGAAAAAUGCGGGCAACAGAAGGAGUUUUUCGCAGGACAGGUUUUAGAAUAGUGAGAGCUAGAUUGUGACUGUGUGAACUGCAUCGCCAUUUUUGGCAUCCCAUUACAUUCUUUUUUUCAAUAUUAUUCAUCUUGGGGUAACUGGCAAAUACAUCCAUCAUUACAUAGGU